AUGAAGACUUUGAUUCUGGAUGAGUCAUGGGACGUUACGGACACGGAGGAGAUUGCACAUUUGAACACCUCCAUUGACGAAAUCGGCUCGCGUACUUGCAACAGUAACGCGUUUCAGAAACCAAGCCGAACCAACUCCGAGGAAUCGACCCAUGGACUCGCUGAACGAUGGCGAAGCAUUCGCGUCCAUCAAGACGCGGAUGCGUAUCUGGCAGAGAUCAAGAAAUUUCUGAAGGAGGACUUCCAGAAGUUUUCACUCAGGACGCUGAGGAAAGUCGCCAAAGUUGCUGACCUAUUUGUACUUGACACUCGAAAUAUGUUGUAUCGACUAGCUCGCUCGACUCGUGAUCGCCCGCGUGACUUUCAGAAUGAACCUCGACUUUUCGUUCCAAAUGCACUUCGAGACGAUGUCGUGCACUACGGACAUGAAGAUUUCCAAGGAGGUCACCAAGGCAUAACCAGGACACACAAGAAGUUGUGUUCGGAAUUCUACUGGCCGGAAAACUCUCCAAACGCUGGACCAUCACCUGGGAAUAUCGAACCCCGACAACCUUUUGAAGUCGUGUCGAUAGACUUCGUGACGCCGAUGCCAAAGUCAGAUCGAGGGAACACGUUUCUGCUACUAUAUAUGUUUUCUGGAUAUGUAAUGUGUAAACCAAUGGAUUCGACCACCGAUCAGGAUGUCGCGGAAGCUUACGAGGAACGUGUAUUUCGGAACUUCGGAGCAAGUUCAAUGAUUCGGCACGAUCAAGACCCCCACUUCAUGAGCGAGGUAUUUACUCGUUUCCGGGAACUUUUGAAUAGUCAUCAGAGAGUCACUUUGGGAUACCGACCUCAAGCGAACGGGCAAGAGGAACGAUCUGUCCAAACGGUUGUCAGGAGUAUCCGCGCCUACAUUGAGCAGGCCGACCAAAGUGACUGGGACGACCAUGCAGAAAGAUUGAUGUUUGCUCUGAACACUUCGUUUGACGCGACACGUUUGGAUACCCCGUUGUACUUGAUCCAUAGUUGGGACCCACAAAGCACUCUGAAAGCGGUGGUAGGCCCGACGCCAUUGAGUGCUCCAGAACCCUGUGCCGAGGACUUACAGAAAAAAGCUCGACGACAUCGUUCCGAUGUCCAAACGCGAAAGUGGAAAGAAUUGUCCGAACGUCUGAAAUCAGGAUUCCAGAAAGAUGACGCUGUAUGGUUGUACAUUCCAAAAAGGCAGACCGGACUAAGUAAAAAGUUGGCACACUUAUGA